AUGCAAAUCGGAACGCGAAAUAAUAAAACGCCAACGGGCCAUGGAGACGCCCGCGGAAGUAACACAAUCACUGCCGCCGGUGGCGCCGUCCAGAGCCUGGGACUCCUUGCGGCCCUCUCGCACCUCCGCCCCCCACCACCACAGGCCGGCACCGCACUUCUCUUCCUCCUACUACCACUACCCAUCCCGCCCGCCCCGAUGCGCGCCUCGGACUCGUCCGCCUCCUCCUCGUCCGCCGCCGCCAUGCCCGCCCGCCACAAGAAACGUCGCUUCACCCGCGAGCAGCUGCUCGAGCAUAUCGAGAUCCUCGGCGCGAUCUCCGCACCACUACCGCCGACGCUCCCCCCGUCCCCACCGGCCUCGCGCACCUCGUCCCCCGCGCCAGGGUCCAAGCGCAAGCACGCCUCCGACCCCGACAAGGACGCCGACAAGCCCAAGCGGCCACGCACCACCAUCCCCAACGGCGCCGCUCCCACCGACCGACCGCGCCAAUCCCAGCCGCAGCACCGGCCGACGAAUCUCCGCACCGACUCUGCCGAGGACGGCGAAGUGCGAGAUGACGCCCCGCGGCCCUCGACAACCACCGCGGCAACCACAACAGCAACGGCGGCAGCAGCCAUAUCAUCACCACCCUCCACGAACGCGCUCGCGCCCAUCCGCCGGCCGCGACGCGGCAAGUUCGACAAGGCCCGGGUCGACACCAUGUACCAGAACCUCUACGGCGCCGCGCGGCUGCUCAAGUACUCGUCCGAGGCCAGGCUGCACUCGACCUACCCCGUCUCCGCGCCCGAGCACAAGCCGCUCCCGAAUCCGCCACCGCCAGACUCGACCUACCACCAGCACGGCGGGAUGAUCGCCCGCCUUGAGGGCCUCGACGCCCUCAUCUGCUUCACGUACGCGUCCUGGGCGCGCGACAUGCUCCGCAAGGGCUGCGACCGCAAGGCAUGGGAAGGCGUGCUCGGCCUCAUGGGCUGGUGGACGAGCCGGUGGGCGCCGUCCGACUCGGUAGGCGAGCGCGAGCGCGCGCUGCUCGGCGUCAUAUACAUGCUACAAGGCUUCAUCAUGGGCCGGAUGGUUACCUUUGCGAACCAGUACACCCUCAUGCCCGAGCUCAACAAGCUCAAGACGCGGCAGGAGCAGCUCGCUGCAGAGGCUGCCGCGCUCGCGGCGCAGUCGCUGCCCUUCGGGACCAACGCCUCCACGCCGCCGAUGCUGCCCUCGCCCGCGGGCACGAACAGCGCCAAUUCGACGCCGAACGUGAAGCCCCAGCAGCAAGGGCCCGGAACCUCGAGCUCAGGCUCGAGUCUCGCGGCGCCCGGUGGUGCGAAAGAACCCCACCCCGCGGCGUCGAUCGCGGCCGCGCGCCUACAGGCCGCGCCACCGGCCACCAAUCCGGUCGACGUCCCGGUUCCCGUCCAGGCGUCCUUCUUGAGCACGCUCCGGGAGCACGCGGACCAGGACCAGCGCGCGCGCGAAUGCCUGAUGAAGGCGCAGAUGGUGCUCACGCUCCCGACGCUCCUUCAGCACUUCCCGAAGACGUUCUCGCGCGUGGUGCACACCACGCUCUCCGCUGCGGACGAGCACGAGCCGGACAUCGAUGACGACGAUGGCGAGCUUUACUGGCCCGGACAGGCGAUCACCGGCGAGGGCAUUGGCUGGGUGUGUCUCAUGGGCAAGGCGAUGUUGCGCGAAAUCGGGCGCGAGUACGGGUACAUGGGCCUCAGCGGCGCUGUGCCAAAACCGGCGAGCAACGCCGUGCCUAAACCAUAGCGCGGGUCACGCGGCUUAGUCACUGCUACCACCGUCCACCCGACAACUCGACGAACAGUCCCCUGCUCUCUCGCGUGCUCCUCGGUAUUCCCCCGGCAACUCUUGGAGAUUGAGCUCGCUCUCUCUGCGUCUACGCCGGCAAUACCUCGGCCACGCCCACGGCACCACUGGCACCUGCUACCCAUGCCGAUCCGCGAAUGGGGCUCUAUAUCGAUAGCUACUGUCGCUCUUCCCGCCGGAUCGCCCGGAACGCCCCUUGUACUACUAGCCCUGCGCCUCACGGCCCGUCGCAACCCACUCGAAUAUCUUGCCAAAAUCAAACAUCCGAACGCUGUAUUCUAUCAACCCAUCCACCGCCGCCGCCUAGCCUGCCCGCCACACACGCCAAAACUGCAUACACCCCUGCUUCUCUCUCCCCUCUUCCAUCACUCGACACCUGGGCGCAUCGGCAUCUGCAUACACUCGCACUCGACGAUCUUCCACAUUCUGGCACCCUGUUGUCCCCUCUCGCCUGCCUAUAACCUUAUCUUCAAUCGCACCCCACGUCCGCCCCGGCGCCGUUUCUUAAUUGCCAGACUUCUUUCAAACCAUCCCAGCGUUCACCCGCGCGCUCGAUCCCGUCCCACCCUACUGUAAUAUCAUUGGAGCCCCGCGACCUGUUGUCAUAAUCCCUCGCCUCUCUUCGUUUGGUUCACACGGAAUAUCGC